AUGAAUCGCAUGCCUCCCCCAGAAGGGCACCACGCGCACGCGGGUCCGCAUACAGCAUAUGAGCCCUCAUGGCGCCCUUCAUACCCCCCGACUUUCGAUAACCACCCAUCCGACUCCCGCCGCUCCUCCGCAAACUCCCAGACACCCCUACCCCCGCAGCCGCCAGGAUACCCCGUGAUGCCCAACCGUGAGCUCCCACAGUUAACAUCGGAAGGCCCGUAUGGUCGCCCAAAUGGUCAUGGCCUGCCCCUGCAUGCGCCCGUGCAUUCCCCGCAAGACCCAAUUCCCCCUCACCCGAACUUCCACCAGCCGAUGAAUGGCGCGCCGCACGAGGGCUCACCGGAUUAUCGCGCUCGUAUGGGCUAUCCACCCCCAGAUCAGAUCAACAGCGCUGAGCAUACACCCGUUUCGGGCGCUCUGCCUCCUGCUUCACAGUUCAUGACGCCCGUUGCUCAAAUGGCGAGUGCGACGCCGCCCGCCGGGUACGAUCAGGCAUUUUACCAAAACCAAACGUUUGGAGCACGCCAGCGUAAGGCAAAUAGAGCUACGCAGAACAAUCUCGGCUGCGUCUACAAAGAGGUGCCGCCGCACAAACAAGAGAAGACUACUCAGCUGGUAUUGGAUCGGCUCUCCCAAAUAGAGAGUCGCAUGGAGGAGCGAGCCAACCGCAUCGAUGAGCAUUUCGCAAAAUGGCAAGAGCAAAUGCAAGAGCAAAUGCGCUUCAACAUGGCUAAAGAGGUUAAGCAUACACCUCCGACUGCCCAAGAACGUCCGUCCCUGCCACCACCACCAGUACCAGUCAUCAAGCAGGACCCACCUCUCAAAACAGAGAUGCCCAGGACCCAGGCCUCACCAAAUGUUUUCGACCCUGGGAGCCAGGAUGUAGGCGCUUCGAAGUUUGGCCAAAAGCUUCCACCCAUGGACCCGAGGCUCGACCAGAAGGAGGCCGAGGGAGAGCUCUCCAUCCCAGUAGAGCACACCACUGCAGCUCACAAGCUAUUGAUGUGGCCCUCGAUUAAGAGGCUGCUACACCCGGCAAGAUAUGAUGAGGACUAUGUCAUGCGGUUGGAAGAAGAGCGCGGUCUCAUCAGCAUAUACGGCCAAGGCGAGAUCUCGUACACUGCCGAUGACAGUCAAUUACCAAUGGAUGGUGACUCCAAAGGUGCCCGACCCGACGUGAAUGGCGCAGGACUGGACGCCAAUGUCGACAUCGACGAAUUUGGGAACUUGAAUCUGGAUGCUGCGACUGCUAGGCGCUACUAUGAGAGCUAUUUCCAGCACAUGUUUAAGCUUCACCCAUUCCUUAUGGAGGGUGAACUUAAGAUCAAGGUCGAUAGCUUUAUCCGAAGCUAUUGUCGCCUGAAUAACUCACCACCAAGUUCAGCUUCCAGUUACACUCGACCAGCUCGUGAUGGUCCGCCGCCAGCCAAAAGGAGGCGGUCAAAUGAAAACCUAGGUGUGCGUGGCGAGUAUAUGGAGACCAUCCCCAACCCACUGCGGCCACGAGUGGGUAAAAACAUUGACAAUGCCUUGGUCCUGCUAUGCCUAGCCCUCGGAGCCAUUUGCGAAGCUCCUGCCCCUCUCCCUGGGCCUAUCAUGGACAAGAAGAUUGACUACCUCAACCAACCCAUUCCUGCUCCACUGCCACCAUUACCUCCGCCGCCGCCUUCAAAUACGACAUAUGUUACCAAUGCUAAUGGUGUGCUUUCCCCCGCAAACUCUGACUCGGCGGCCAUGCAGAUGUCGCUUUCGAAUUCUCUGUAUAGUGUGCCAACCCAGCCUGUCGGCCAAACCUUCCCAAAUAGUCCAUUCAACAAAGGCAUAGACGGCCUGUCAAGGAGAGACGUCACAAACACGCGGGAUGAACAAGGGAACACAAAGAACUACCAGGCCAUUCCUGGCUUGACUCUCUAUGGAUACGCGACCGCAAUAUUGGGCCAUCUGCAGGGUGGCAACGAGCUAGAACAUGUUCAGUGCGGCUUGCUUGCAGGUCUUUAUGCCGGCCAGUUGGCUCAUCCUUUCCAGAGCCACAGUUGGAUUUCUCAGGCCUCAAGAGCUUGCCAGGUCCUUGUGAGAACCAAGCGAUAUGAGCGACUCGAAGAGGGGGCUACGCAGGACUUGUACAACUUCGCGUACUGGACCUGUCUGCAAUUGGAGAGUGAUCUUCUCGCAGAGCUGGAUAUUCCAGCGAGUGGCAUCUCCCGUUCCGAGGGUCGGAUGGCUAUUCCGAAAGGAAAAUGGACAAUAGUUCUACCGAACGAUCUCACCGCACCCGAAACGAUGAUGAUGCUGUUUUAUUCUGCGCAAAUUCAUCUACGUAAAGUCUUGAAUCGAGUUCACACAGACUUAUACAAGGUUGAAAAGCAAGGCCAGACCCGAUGGUCGUCCACCGUUCAAGAGGCUCUAAGUCUGAACCUCGAUCUCUGGCGCAACAGCCUACCACACAGCAUGCAGUGGAGCGAAAAUGAUCCACCGGCAGACGAAAUCAACGCCGCUCGCAUGCGUGCGAAGUAUUAUGGUGCCCGAUACAUUAUCCACCGACCACUUCUCUACCACGCACUGCACUACGGCUACACAGGUGCCCGCGUCGGUCCAAUCGGCAAGUCUUUAGUGGACUCGCCUACCUCGCAACAACUGUCCCCGUCUAUGAUGCACAGCGCCGCUCGGGCCCCGAGCAUGGCGCUCCGUUUACAUGAACUGCCUAAGAAGCUGAAAACUGCCUGCGACAUCUGCAUUAAAUCGGCUAUCAAGAGCACAGAGGCUUUUGACGGCGUAGGCGGACAUCGGUUGGUCGUUACCAACAUCUUCGGCACUGCCCAUGCGCAAUUCGGCAAUAUGCUCGUCCUAUCUGCAACUUAUAUGUCAAGUCUAAAGGAGCUUGUCGACCCAGACCAACUCGAUCGCCUACUCGUUCGCACCAUAGGCUUCCUCAUCCAAAGCGAAAAUAUAUCCCCCACCCUCCGCGCCGAUGCUCGCAUUCUCACUGAGAUCUACAGGAAGAUCUUCGGUCGUUCUCCUGAUUUGAGGCAAGCUACCAAAGUGAGCAGCCAGACUCCCAGCCUGAACAGCCAAACUCCCAGCCUGAGUAGUCAGACUCCAAGCCUGAGCAGCCACACUACCAGCAUGAGCUUCCCUUGA